ACAAAUUUAUUUUUCACUUAUUAUUCUCAAUGAAAAUACCGAUACUUGUAGUUUUUUUUGGGAUAAUACAUGUUCUCUCAGGAAAAGUGCAGAUUUCAGAAUUUGCGGAAGAUGUUUCAGAUUCUUUUUUAAGUGACGCAGAUGAAUUAAAUUCUAAUAUUGCAUCUCCAUAUGACUCCGCAAGACUUAGAGGGAUACCUGUUGGCGAUAUUGAAGAUUUCUCCGAAUAUUUUGGGGAAGAUGUAUCAGGAAAACAAUAUUUAAGGGGUUCAUAUCUUACUCGUAAAUCACCAGUUCAGGACCGUGUCACUUUCAGGCCUAGUUCUUCUUCUAGUGGCGUUGAAAAUGUCCACACGCGUAUAGUUGAUGAAACUCUCUAUGAAACGAAAACCGUAUAUUUUACUCAUACAGAAGCAGCCGUCGUAACAAAAUGUUGUAAACAGAAACCUCAUUAUACAAAGUGUUCAUCAACGGAUCUAGAAACUACGCCUGCCUCUUCUCCAGCUGUUCCAGACACCUCAUCUGUUUGUGAAGUUCAAACGGUUACAAGUGAAUGCAAUGUUCCAACGGUUACAAGUGAAUGCAAUGUUCCAGCGACUACAAAUGAAUGUGGUGUUUCGGAAGCAGGAUGUUGCCAUUCUAAGCCAGGAUGCAAAUAUUCUGCAACUAUUAUAGUAACUGCAAAUUGUAAUUAUCCUUCAGUAACUUUAUCGGACAAGUGUGGUUAUAGUGUCGUAACAUCUGUGGGCAGCGAUGGCCCUUCUGUAGUUAAACAUAGGGCAUUGGUAAGAUCUUUAAUAGGUGAUGCCUCGUAUCUAACAGAACAAAAGUCUGAAUCAACUUUAACUGCAUCAUCUCUAUUGUCAGGAAAAGAUGACAAAGAUCACGCUUCAGAAACAUUAAGUAAUUUAGAUACACGUGCAGACACUCAUAAGGACGAUAACGGUCAUGAUGAUAAGACUCAUGAACACAAUAAAAAUGACACCGUGAAGGGGAGCAAUAAAAAUCAUGGGACUAGAAUGGAAAAAUUAAAAGAAAUAGAGCUUGCUUGCAUAAUUGUAGGAGUAAUUUUAGGAAUAUGGAUAGUUUAG